CCUGUCUCUGACUCGGAUUGCUUCUGCAUCUCUGCCUUGGAUCUGCCUUGGAUCUGCCUUGGAUUUGCCUUGGAUCUAUUUAUCUUGGAUCUAUCUGUCCGGGAUCUAUCUGUCUUGGACACCUUGGACCUAUCUAUCUCGGAUCUGCUCUUCGCCUGAUCAUCUCUGGAUUUGAUUUUACCCAUCCAUCUGCCUUCUCGCUGCUGCGAUAUCCACCGCUUCCACCACUUCAUCCAUUCCUGUCCGGCUCCGUAUCCCCCUCCUUCGUCUCGCACCCCCCCCCGCGCCAUGUCUCAAAGCAACACCACCGCCCAGGACUGGGAGAUCGAGUCUUUCGGUCCUGCCCAGAUUCCUAACCCGUGCCCCUGCGUCUCCUAUGUCGAGGAUGAUGUCUGUCUGCUUCUCGACCCUCGGAUCCACACCCACCACACCGAGUCCCGCUCCCCCGACAUCGCCACCAUCCCUACCUGCAUCGAGCGUGCUGGUCCCCGCAAAGAAAUCUUCUUCAACCCCAAGGAAGUCGUCGCUGGUGUUGUGACCUGCGGUGGUCUGUGUCCGGCCCUGAACAACGUCAUCCGUGCUGUCGUCAACUGUCUGCACUUCCGUUAUGGCGUCAAGAAGGUCAUUGGCUUCCGCUACGGCUUUGAAGGCCUGAUUCCGGAGACCUCGUCUAUCAUCGAGCUCACUCCCUUCGUCGUCAGAGACAUCCACCAAUUCGGCGGAUCGAUUCUGGGCUCGUCGCGUGGCCCUCAGGAUAUUGGCAAGAUGGUCGACUAUCUUGUCAGCCUCGGCGUCAACGUCCUCUUCACUCUCGGUGGAGACGGAACCCAGCGUGGCUCUAGGGCCAUUGCCAACGAAAUCCACCGACGCGGCCUCCACAUUUCGGUCGUGGGUGUCCCCAAGACCAUCGACAACGAUAUUUCGUACGUCGAGCGAACUUUUGGAUUCGAGACUGCUGUCGAAAUGGCCCAGGCUUCGAUCAUCGCCGCCCACGAAGAAGCCCGCAGUGCCCGCAAUGGUAUCGGAAUCGUCAAGCUCAUGGGCCGCGAGUCGGGCUUUAUCGCUCUUCAAGCUUCGCUGGCUUCGGGCGACGUCAAUCUGCUGCUCCUCCCCGAGAUGUCGUUUUCGAUGGACGCCAUCGUGCGCUUUGUCCUCGAGCGCUUCACCGAGCGGAGCCACUGCGUGAUUGUGGUCUCGGAAGGCGCUGGCCAGGAGCUGUGCGCCCCCGCCAGCGGCCUUGGCAAGGACAUUUCAGGCAACCACAUCUUUGCCGACAUUGGCCAGUGGCUCAAGAAAGAGCUCGGCAACCGACUCAAGCAGCUGGACGUCGAGCACACCAUCAAGUACAUUGAUCCCUCCUACGCCAUCCGCUCGGCCGUUGCCAUCUCCUCGGACGCCGUCUUUGCCCUCCAGCUCGGACAGAUGGCUGUCCAUGCAGCCAUGGCCGGCCGAACCAACAUGAUUGUUGGAUGCCUGCAUAACCAGUUUGUCCACGUCCCGAUCUCCAAGGCCACCGCCUUCCGCAAGAAGGUCGACAUCAAGGGCGCAGCCUUCCAGAGCUUCCUGGACUCGUCGGGCAUGCCUGUCGACCUCGUCCAAGCCCACUUGGGUCCCCCUGUCGCCUCGCCCAGACGAACCCCGACCCCUGCGGUGGACGUUCCUCGAGCGGUGGUCUAAAUUCUGCGCCUCGGUCCUGGGCGCACGAUCCCACCACGCUAUCAAUAUGCGACGGCCUAAUCCCGCACGACAUAGUUUGCUGAUUCUUGGACAGGCUCUCAAAGACCCUUCAAUCCACACACAGAUACUCUUCUUCCCUCACUCACUGACUUGCUUGACUUUGUCCAAUCCUUUCUUCUUCUUUUCUUUCAUCUUUGCUAUCUCUCUCCUCCGCACUGUGUAAUUCCGGGCCAUUGAUGACUCUACGGCCUAAGACAUACAUCGCAACAAUACAGCGUAUACAGCGUAUACAGCGUUCACAAUCCAAAGCAAAA